AUGGGAAACGCCAUGUCUGCGUCUUUUGCUCCAGAGUGUACCGACGCUAAAACAAAGUACGACGAUUGCUUCAAUCAAUGGUAUACAGAAAAGUUCUUGAAAGGUAAGUCUCUCAACAACGAGUGCACCGAACUCUGGGAUUCCUACAUCACCUGUGUGAACACAGCAUUGGCCACUCAUAAGAUCAAGCCAAUGUUGGAUAAGGCCCGCGAGGACCAACCAUUCGAUGAGAAUGUGGCCAAAGGAAAGUAA